AAGCGGCCGCAUCGCUCGCGCUGACCACUCGCUUGAGAUGUCGCCCGUGUCGUGCCUCAGCCGGGUGCCGUCGACGGAACGCCAGAAGAAGCGCGUCCGGUUUUGCGAGGACGUGUCCUCAAGCACCGAGCUCGCCGACUCCGCCAUGACGUCACCCGCACAUUCCGACGACCUCCUGAGGUCGUUGACCCCCGCCUCCAUGUGCGCCGAGACGCCGAUCUCGGCGCCUGAUCCGACCCAUCCGCUGACCCCGAUCGACGCCCAGCCGGAGCGGUGGGGGUUCAGCAGCUCCCCACGGACCCCCUGGACGGAGCCCUGCCUGCCGGCCACGUGCGCCGGCUCAGCGGCGUCUCCUUGGCCCGCGUGGUGGAGUCACAAGGUGUCACUGCUGGGCGUGACAGCGCCGCUGACGGUGCUGCCAUCUGUACCGUGUCAGGACGCCGUCCACAUCAUGCACCAGCAGGGAUUCGACCAGUUGCCAGUAGUCGACCAGCUCGGUGACGUGAUGGGGAUCGUGACUCUGGGAUCUCUCAUGGUCGCCCUCGUCAUCCAGAGAGUGCAGCCUUCGUCACCGGUCGGACAGGUGAUGUACCGUGAUUUCCACACCGUAACUCGUGAUGAAACCCUCGGAAAUCUCUCCGGAAUUCUGGAGCGCAGCCACUUUGCCCUCAUCGUUCACUGCCAAAGGAGACUGACUGCGAACCGGGAAGUGGCCACGAAGGAAAUGGUCAUCGGGAUCGUCACCCAGAUUGACUUGCUGUCUCACAUCACCAGCAACAGCCUGUCGGUGUAGCCGCAGACGUAGCGGGCGCCGUGGUCUCCGACCUCCACGCUGUGGAAAUCCCCAGUCGCACUGCGCGGACAGUGCGGCAUCGUGGCAAGCUCUGUCGGUGCCUCGUACGGAUGACGAAAGCCCCUGGGAGAGCUGCAGUUUGCCGAUGUGUGAUAACCCAGGCUGCCAGGAAACUGCGCAGGCAUGUACAGACAUCGGAUUAAGUCAGGAAUGCUGUGUGCAGAUGUACAGUCGUCUUACAUGAGCUAUGAAUGACAUCUUGUGGAGUUAUGACCCGUGUCCAACCUUCUCUGUGUUUCCAGCCCUCCUGAAAUGCUGGUGAGGCCUAGAGUGUCCGAAAACAUUUGUAUUGUGUGUGCAUAUGUAUAUAUUUAUUGUACAUUGUUGUGGGCGCGAUCUUCAGUGUCAACCAUUGUCACUAACUGUUAGGUGUCUGAUUUGCUGUGGAAAUUAUUUUGCAAUGAACACCUGGAAACUAGUUACCUGUUGGUGCAGGUGACGCGAUGUCCAGUGCCAAUCCGUUGAUGAUUCACUCAUUAUCUCUGGUUCGCAUUGGUGACUCAGCUCAUUUUGGCUGCUUUGAUCAAUAGACAUCACACACUCGUGUAGGAGACGCUCGGCACUGUAGUGGAUUGUAAGUGAAUCCGUGCUUAUCAAAUCAUGGGCGUUGCUGAUUUCAAAGUUUUUGCCACGUCCUACCCAUCGCACCCAAUGUAUGCAAUCGAAAAAUAUAGUUCACAGUGAA